AUGCAGACUUGUGUGGAACAAGACAGGCUGGGCCAAGCAUUUGAAGAUGCUUUUGAGGUACUCAGGCAGCAUUCACUAGGAGAUUGCGAGUGCUCCCCAGAUUACAAAAAUUACCUGGCUUUCAUCAGUCAUUGUCCUUACGUCAGAGGAAACUCCAGCUGCUACGAAGUGGUGCCUACAGAGGAAUCUGUUCCUAGUUUGAGAACCAUAAAAAACAAUGUUUCAGACCUCUGUCUUGAAGGAAAUGUCCACCAAUCUCUGCAGAAUGCAACUGAAAACCAAUUGGUGCAACCUACUGUUAUCCCACAAAAAGGAGGAAAAGGCAAGAAGAAGCUCCGACUGUUUGAAUACCUUUACGAAUCCCUGUGUAAUCCUGAGAUGGCAUCCUGUAUUCAGUGGGUCGAUAAAAACAAAGGCAUCUUUCAAUUUGUAUCAAAAAACAAAGAAAAACUGGCUGAACUCUGGGGAAAAAGAAAAGGUAACCGGAAGACCAUGACUUACCAGAAAAUGGCCAGAGCACUGAGGAAUUAUGGGAGAACUGGGGAAAUCACCAAAAUCCGGAGAAAACUAACUUACCAAUUCAGCGAGGCAAUUCUCCAAAGACUCUCUCCAUCUUAUAUCUUGGGGAAAGAGAUUUGCUACUCACAGUACCUUCAACCUGAUCAGUAA